AUGCGCUGCUCGCCUCAGCUAUCCCACCGCGACUUCGUCGCCGUGCUCUCCCGCUGCUCUACCCGCGCGCACCUCGAGCAGCUCCACGCCCACGCCUUCGUCACGGGGCGCGCCGCCGCGCAGACCACCACCUUCCACCUCAUCCGCUUCGCCGCCCUCCGCGUUUCCUGCCUCGCCUAUGCCCGCCACCUCUUCGACGCCACGCCUCACCCCAACGUCUUCCUCUACUCCGCAAUUCUCUCUGCAUAUGUCUCCGCAUCAGCCGCCGCCUCACCUCCAUCCUACGGCCACGCCCGCGACGCGCUCGCCCUCUUCCUUCGCAUGCUUCGUCACGGCCGCCCAGCGCCUAAUCAGUUCGUGUACCCGCUCGUGCUCCGCGCUGCCUGCGGCGUCGGCGUCGGCAUUGUCAGGUCGAUCCACUCCCACGCCUGCAAGAGCGGCUUAUGUGGAUACGAUGUCAUAAGGACAUCACUCCUCGUUGGUUAUUCGAGGCACGGUAUGAUGGCCGACGCGCGCAAGCUGUUUGACGGUUUGACCGAGAGGAACGUGGUCUCCUGGACCGCGCUGGUGUCCGGGUAUGCAAGGGCAGGGAAGGUUGGGGAUGCGAUCGUGCUCUUCGAGCGGAUGCCCGAAAGGGACGUGGCUGCAUGGAAUGCAAUCAUUGCAGGCUGCUCUCAGAACGGGUUGUUUGUGGAGGCGGUUGGGAUUUUUGGGAGGAUGGUGGGCACGGGGUUCCGGCCAAAUGCAACCACCGUUUCUUGUGUACUAUCUGCGUGUGGGCAUCUUGGGAUGCUGAAGAUUGGGAAGUUGAUCCACUGCUACGCGUGGAGGACCUGCGUUGGUUUUGGCUCAUCCGUUCUGAAUGGGUUGAUUGAUAUGUACGGUAAAUGUGGGAAUCUGGAGGGGGCAAGGUGGAUCUUUGAUGAGGUUUCUGAUAGAAGCCUAACAACUUGGAAUUCUCUGAUCAAUUGUCUGGCACUGCAUGGGCACAGCAAGUGUGUGAUAUCUGUGUUUAAUGAGAUGAGGGGUGAAGGGGUUGAACCUGAUGUGGUCACCUUCGUUGGACUGUUGAAUGCAUGCACUCAUGGAGGGUUCGUUGAUGAAGGCAUUAAGUACUUUGAAUUGAUGCAGCAUGAGCACGGAAUUGAACCAGAGAUUGAGCAUUAUGGGUGUAUCAUCGACCUUCUUGGCCGGGCAGGCCGGUUUCAGGAUGCAUUGAAUGUUAUCAGCGAUAUGAGAAUUGAAGCAGAUGAAGUCAUAUGGGGGUCAUUGCUCAAUGCAUGUAGAGUACACAGACAAGUAGAACUUGCUGAGUUAGCAAUUCGAAAGUUACUAGAGUUGGAUCCAAAUAACGCAAACUAUGUGCUGAUGCUGGCAAAUGUAUACAGUGAAGGUGGCUUGUGGGAAGAGGUGAGGAAAGUAAGAAAGUUCGUGAAGGAGGAGAAUAUAGGCAAGAAGCUGCCUGGUUGUAGCUGGAUCGAGGUGGACCGCAAGACACACCGGUUUUACUCUGGUGAUGAUGCCCAUCCUGAGUCAGAGAAUAUAUAUGACACUCUUGAUGAUUUAGCUGCCUCAAUGGAAUUCUGA